AUGAAACCUUCAUUACUUUCUCGGCAUCAAGUUUCUAAUCAUUUCGAAACUAUCGGAAAACCAAAUGACUUUUUUAAGAACAAAAAAGAUAAUAUUCGGAAAAUAGACGAUUCUUUCAAUUUUGACAUUAAUUUUUUACUAUCAAAACUCUCUUACAUGAUUUCAUAUCGGAUCGCAAAAGCCAAAAAACCACAUACAAUUGCCGAGAAUCUUAUUAUACCGUGCAUUAAGGACAUGUUUGAAUGUUUCCCUGGCAAUAAAUUGGAGCAUAUUGUUCGAAAAAUUCCAUGUUCAAAUGAUACCGUCAAUAGAAGAAUACGAGAUCUAUCCGAAAACAUAAAAGAACAAGUUAUUUUCUGGUUAAUUAUAUUAGGUCAUUACUGA